AUUCAGUUUCCACCUGUUGCUUGCACGAUUUGAACGCAGUUUUCCAAGCUCCAAAAUUUCGUCUUCAUUUGCGUUUUGCGUACUAAUUAUAAAAGCGGAAGAGAUUUUGACUUGAAUUUUGCUCUAAUUUUUACGGGAAUUCGAGAGCAUCUUAUAAUCGUAUUUGAAUUUAACGAUCGCUUUAACGGCCGCUUCAAGGCGGGAAAGGAUUUUAAGUUGGGUUCGUUUGUCUUAUUUCGGAUAAAAGUGCGCGGUUGAAAACAAAAAAAAAAAAACGUAGAAACAUGGUGAUUUUGAAUUGUGCAACGGUUUUUAUAGCCAUUUUGAUACAAAUUGCCCCGAGUAUCGCAACAACCAAGCUUAUAAUUCAACAAGAGGGUGAUGAAAUUCAGCCUCCGGUCCAGCAUUUUCUGCAAACUACAAAUGGAACCGAGUUUCCACUUCUCAUCACCGAAGAUCCACUAUCUUCCACGAUUCUUCCCGAUGAUCUUACUGAAGCUCCAUUGAUAUCAGAAUCGAUAGUUUUAGGGGCCACAAAUGGUACUAAUUCUUUACAUGAUGGUGGAAAAGAAUCCAAAAUAAAUUUUGCACCACGUUCCUUUGUCCCAAAAAUGAAUUCGACUAUGACGCCGAUAUCUACGGAAACACCAAACGAUGGACAAACUAUAGUAAUAAGCCUAUCGACCAAUAACGGAAGUGAAGCUGUAUUAACAACGACGGCAACCGAAGACUAUGAACACGAUGCGCAUGGACUUAUUCCAAGUGCCAAAGUCAAUGCCAGCAUUCAUCUGUCCAAGCCAACAGGAGAGAUCAUCUUCAGAUCGGACGAAGAAUGCCCAACAUUAGUCGAUGCAGACAGUUUGUCACAAACCCAACUGAUCCAAAGACUAACGGCACCUUGUCGUUAUGAUCGCCUUGAGAGACCAAUAACUUUCAAUGAAAAAGGUGAACGUCUGCCUGUCGACGUACACACUCGUGCCUAUGUUUACUUUAUGCAAAAUUUAGAAGCUCACGACUUGCAAUUCAAAAUGCAUGCAUUAUUACAAUUGCGUUUUGUUGAUCCUCGAUUGGUGUUCAAAGAGGUUGCCCCCAAAAGGAAGCAACCGAUUUUGGGGGAAAAAUCUUUAAGGGAUACCCUUUGGGUGCCACAUAUUUUCUUUGCCAACGAACGAGACUCAAGUAUUUUAGGUACAGCCGAAAAAGAUAUUUUAACAUCAAUCUCACCAGAUGGCACUGUGAUAAUUUCAACGAGAAUACAAGCAACUCUAUAUUGUUGGAUGAAUUUGCAAAAGUUUCCUUUUGAUGAACAAUACUGUUCAACAGUUUUGGAAAGCUGGAUGUAUAAUACAUCAGAACUUGUUCUUCAUUGGGAAACUAAAUCUCCGGUGACUUUUGAUCCAGAUCUACAUUUGACUGAAUAUGUUUUGCUAAGUGCUUGGUCCAACGAGACUGUAGUUAACGCUGACUUAAAUGAUUUAAGGCAUGGAGCUUUUGCUGGUAACUACAGUUCUUUAAGUUUCACUGUGCAUCUGACACGUGAAGUAGGCUACUAUCUCAUGGACUAUUUCUUACCUUCGAUGAUGAUUGUGGCCAUUUCUUGGGUAUCCUUUUGGUUACAAGCCGAUCAGUCAGCUCCACGAAUUAUGUUGGGAACAAGUACUAUGUUGACGUUUAUUACACUGGCUUCAGCACAAGGAAAAACAUUGCCCAAAGUCAGUUACAUAAAGGUUUCCGAAGUGUGGUUCUUGGGAUGCACGUUGUUUAUUUUUGGAAGUUUGGUGGAGUUUGCUUUCGUUAACACCAUCUGGCGACGAAAGAAGAACGUUGAGCUGAAAAAAAUCAACAGCAAAUACAUCUUAAAGUCAACACUUACUCCACGAUUGGCCAGAAAGGAUAUGGGAAUGCAAAAGUCAAGAUCGUGUUCGAGUUUGAACGAUGGACAGUCAGAGAAUAGCACUAAGGAACCACAUAACUACAACAAUUAUUUGACUGUUCAUACACUUCCUAUUAUCACAACCCAGUGUGAAGAAGACUUCUCGGGAAAUGGCAAUCUUACACUUGAUGUGGAGAAGGGUUCAAACAACAAUAUGUCUAAAUGUGCCUCAAUCAGUAUAGAUGACAAUUUUGUCGGUGGAAACAAAAACAAUGGCAACUCCAAUCGCAACGGUUGGACUACAAUGACGCCUCAAGAAAUCUCCAUUUGGAUUGACAGAAGGGCAAGAUUCAUAUUCCCUCUGUCAUUCAUCGUAUUCAAUGCACUCUUCUGGACAUUUGUUUAUUGUUUAUAAAAAUGUUCUCAAAACGUCAUUUACGCCAUAUGUAGCCAGUUUUCAGGUUUUUUAAAUUACAAAAAGAAAUGUUUUUUAUCUCGACCAACGUUUGCACAAUCUCUUUUAUGGAACUGAGCCAUGAAUUCAGACUUAAUUUUUACCAUUUUGUAUACUUCUUUUGUUUUAUGUAUUUAUUUUUAUAUUUAAUAGUCAACAUUUUAUUAUUCUAUAAGUGAAAAACAAGAAAAAUAUUUUAAUUAUGUGUGUUUUUUGUGCAAAAGUGUUCCUAUGAGAAUAUCCUUUUUACCAGUUUGAAGGAAUUUUUCUAUUAAUGUUGUUGUUUUAAUUUAUAAACUUUUGUUUGUUUUUUUUUUUAAAUUAAAGUUUACUUAUUUUAUUUUUCGAAACAACAAAAACGCCAACUUAAUGUGAUCAAACUGAAGAUAGUGUAUUAUAUAUGCAUAAGAUUCACAAAUAUCGUCUCAAUUGAAUAUCAGAAAUAGAA